AUGGCAUGGACUGUGUUUCUGAACCUGCUGGUGAUCAUCUCCAUCUCUCACUUCAAGAAGCUUCACACUCCAACAAACCUGAUUAUUCUCUCUCUGGCUCUGGCCGACCUGCUUAUUGGACUUUUGUGAUGGCCUGUGGAUGCCAUAAAGCUGAUUGAGACAUGCUGGUACUUUGGAGACACUUUCUGUGGACUGUUUAUGAUAAUCAUGGGAGUGCUUAGCUCAAAUUCUCUUAGCAAUUUAGUUUUAAUAGCUGUUGAUCGUUAUGUGGCUGUGUGUCACCCUUUACUGUACCCACAGAAAAUUACAAUGACUAAAACUUUAGUAAGCAUCUGUCUUUCAGCGAGGAGGAAAUCUGAGAGCAAAGCUGCUCUGACAUUAGGAAUUAUUGUGACAGCUUAUCUGCUGUGCUUUAUUCCAUACUAUAUCUUGUCUUUAAUUGGGACUACAGUAAUCUCUUCUACCACAAUGACAUUUUUAUUAUGGACUUUGUAUAUUAACACAGGUCUGAAUCCUCUUAUCUAUGCUUUGUUUUACAGUUGGUUUAAAAUAUCAGUUAAACACAUCUUAACACUUAAAAUAUUGGAGCCUAGCAUCCUCCUCUCUCAUUGA